AUGGCGCGCAGCCCCCAAAGCCUUCGCUUUUCCGCGGCUGACCUCGCGCUCACCGGCAUCCGGACGAGGGCAGACGCCCUAUUCCGAAGCACCCUUGGCGCUUCAGCCGCCCCAGGGAAAAAGUUUGCACCUUCCCAGUGUUCCGCGUCGGGCGUCUCGCGUAGAUCCUGGUCGACAGCCGCCGCUGGGCAGCGCUACUCUUCUCUCCGCCAUGUUGCAGCUGCCCUUGGGGGGGCCCGCCGGAGCUCGCGGCAGUGGUUUUCGGAUGACCGGAAAACUGAGGGCAGGUCGCAGGGCGCAAAGAACGCGGGCAACGACCAAAGAUACUACUCUUUCGCAGCAGCAGGCGGCCUCGGCUCUGUUCUGCUGUUGGGUGCGCCAGUUUUCGAUGGAGACCGCCGCCCUGGUUCAUCCGUGGAACCCCAAGACGACGCCCGUUGCCCCUCUUUGACAAAUGCACGGUCGUCGUUCCUUUUUUCCUUCGGCUCGUCUCCCUCUCGACUUGCGAGCUUGCCCGUUUCAAGAGGUCUCAGCCAGCAACCCGCACUUUGCCAGACCCAGCCGGCUGGCGAGCAAGCGAAGGCCGUAGGCAGCGCGCAAGAGGUCGAGGAGGCCUGCCAUCACGAAAGCCCUCUGUGGCGCUCGGAGGAAAACCGCCCGUUCGAGAGGAAGCUGGGAGACGCGCUGCUGUUCUGCGGCAAUAGCAACGAGCCUCUGGCUCGUGCUGUCGCAGACCGUUUGUCGACGACGCUCGGGAAAGCCGCAGUCAAGCGCUUCGCAGAUGGAGAAGUCAAUAUCCAGUUCUCCGACUCCCUCAGAGGCAAGGAUGUGUACAUCAUUCAGCCGACGAGCACGCCUGUGAACGAAAAUCUCGUGGAGUUACUCCUCAUGAUCUCCACGUGCCGACGCGCCAGCGCAAAGAAGAUCACGGCGGUUAUCCCCUACUACGGAUACGCCAGACAAGACAGAAAGCUGUCCAGCCGCGUCCCGAUCUCUGCAGCUGACGUGGCGAGGAUGAUUGAGGCGAUGGGUGUGGACCGAGUAGUUGCAGUCGAUUUGCACUGCGGCCAGAUCCAGGGCUUCUUCGGCCCUCGCGUCCCGGUGGACAACCUCGAGGCGCAGAUCAUCGGUCUGGAGUACUUCCAUCACAAGAAUCUACAGAAGCCUGUUGUUGUGUCUCCCGACGCCGGUGGCGUGUAUAGAGCGCGCAAAUUCCAGGAAGGGCUCAUUGCGCGCGGCUACACGGACUGCGGCAUCGCCAUGCUGAUCAAGCAACGUAUUCGGGCGAAUGAAAUCGAACGGAUGGACCUCGUUGGCUCUGUCGCCGGCUCGGAUGUCAUCAUCGUUGACGAUAUGAUUGACACCGCAGGAACUCUGUGCGAAGCUGCACGCGAGCUGAGGAAGAAGGGAGCGCGGAGAGUCUUCGCAUUCGCCACCCAUGGCCUCUUCAGCGGACCGGCGAUCGAAAGAAUUGAGGCCAGCCCUCUGGAGGAAGUCGUCGUCACGGAUAGCAUCAAGGCCCGGCCCGAGGUGGCGCAGUGCACUCGCAUUACAUCGCUCUCCAUCAGCGUGUUGCUGGCGGACGCGAUCCGUCGUAUUCACCAGAAGGAGAGUCUUAACGACCUGUUCAACGUGAAGUACUGA